AUGGUGCAGCCAGCAGCGACGCAGCUGACGGAGCCGAGUGGUCGCGUCCUUACACAUCGAGUGACUGAGCUCGCUCAGGGUCAAGGGUGCAGUUCCAUUGUUUCUGUUUCGUGGGGUGCUAGUGUCGGAAACGUACACAGUGCAGCAGUGCCGCCCUGGAUGGUGCAGACGGAAGAGGAGUACAAACAAUGCAAUCGUCGUGACCAAGUGGCAUCCGUUAGUGGCUUGGUGACCUGUCAGCAGCAGCGGAAAAGGAGAAUGGCAGAAGGGAAGAGGAGAGACAUUUUUACAGAGCUGGAAUCAAAAUCCGAGUAUGGUCCAGACUGGCUGCCGAACUUUGGUGGCGUUUGGCAAGAAGGGUCUCGCUUCAAGACGAAGCAAGCGUUCCGAAAAGCAGCUGACAUGGAAAAAUAUGCAAGCCGCUUGGAUCGUCCUUACCCGUCCAGGUUUAGUUUAUCAGACUUACCGAGGCAGCCACGGAGUCCACGCGUAACGCCUGCAGUCUCUCAAAUGGGUCAGUGUUUAUCCCCACAAAGGCCUGCAGUACAACAGCAGUCCGUCGUCGAAGUGCAGCAAGAGAUUAUCAUUGCACCAGCUUCUGAGACGAUAGCUCAGAACGCAAAGCACGCUAGUGCAAUUGACGUCAAGAAGCAAUUGUUGAUUGCUCAGAAAGAGCGUUUGCGAGCGAAGAUGGCGGCACGAAAGCGGUCGCACUGA